ACAGAAUUAAUAACGUUACUUUCCCAUGACCUUAUAAAGUUUAAAAUUCGUGUUGAACUGAAAACUGCUGUAAAAUUUAACGCCAAUUACCACGGACUGAAUAAGUUUACAUCAAAACUUGAUAUUAUAGAUUUAACGCGUUAAAAUUAUUAUACAAUUUUAAAUACAUUUAAAUAAUGUUAACACUGUCUUUAAAUGAAUAUUGUUUUAUAAUCGGAUUGCCAAUAGUUUGUAUCUUGUGGUCGAUUUUUUUAAAAAGAAUUACUAAUUUUUUUAAGAAAUGUAUUACCACAUAUUCAUCACACAAAUUCAGAAUACCAGAAAUAAACAUACUUUUGAAUUCAUUGACAAGUGGACUUUUCUGCUUUAUCAGUGUCCCAAUAUGUUUUUCCACGUUCAAACCUUCUUUAACUGAUCCAUCAUUAAUGUUUUGGUUACUAGAUUCGUUUCGUCAAAUGAUGGAACGUUGCGCUACAAUAGAAACUAUUGAUCCAUCAAGAAAUUUUAAAUUUAUCAUUUUGUACUCAUGUUUAUUGCAUAGUGUGUACACAGCCUUUGUAAACCAAUUAGACGAGCGUCCAAUAAUGAGUGCAAUUAAGAAAGGAGUUAUAUUAGUUUUUUUCGCUUCUACAUAUUGUUUUGGCUGCACAGAAGCCGGUUUUGUAUUCCUUGGGCUGUCUAAUUUAUCUCUUGGCACAUUGGAAGCUGCAAGACUCUUAAAAGUUUGUCACAACAGAACAAAUAGCAAAGUGAUAAAAAUAUUAUGCUUUAUACAAUUUAUUGUACAUUGUGUUGUUUGGAUAUCUGUUUACUUGUUUUUGGUGCCAUUUAUUAUGCUAUCGUCUGUAGAUGUAUUAACAAUGAAUAAUGAUAAUCAAUUACCAUUAGUAAUAAUGUUAUUCAGUCUUCUUGUAUUCUAUUUAAUUGAAUUAAAAGAUAGUCCUUUAAAUAUCUCAGCAACUAGUGGAAAUGGCAUAUUUAGGCUAUUUGAAUCACCUAAAAACUCACUUAUAGCUAAAGCAAAUCAGACUAAAAAAAAAUCAUUAGAAAACUUAUCACUAUUAUACCAAACAACUAAAUGUGGUAUAGCAUUAAAGAAAAAAGUCAAAAAUUUACGACAAAAUAAAUUAUCUACUACAUUAUUGAAUCUGUCUGAAAUAAAAUCUGAGCCUAUUGAUGUGAUUGAAAUAUUAGAUGAUUAACAUUUGUUAAAUAUUUUAAGUUUAUAUAUUAUAUUUGUAUUGAUGAGAGAUGAGAUUUGUUAAAUUUUUC